AUGAAGCAAAUCAGAGAAUCCCAAAUUCACAAAUGGGCUUUUAAUUCUAUUAAAUUAAUAAAAUUGGGGAUUCCCAGGGGCAGCCAGAGGUGGGGACUUAGCCUCCCAGACCGCUCCGGGAAGGUGUUCUACCAUAUCUCUCCAGAGCACAAAAUCCUGGUGUACCCACGCUACUUCGGCCCCAACUUGCUCAACACGGUGAAGCAGAAGUUCUUCACCGAGGUGGAGGGGACCUGCACCGGGAAGUAUGGCUUUGUAAUCGCUAUAACCACCAUUGACAAUAUCGGUGCUGGUGUGAUCCAGCCAGGCCGAGGCUUCCUCCUUUAUCCAGUUAAGUACAAGGCUAUUGUUUUCCGGCCCUUUAAAAGCGAAGUGGUGGAUGCUAUUGUCACUCAGGUCAACAAAGUUGGACUCUUCACAGAAAUUGGGCCUAUGUCUUGCUUCAUCUCUCGACAUUCCAUCCCUUCAGAGAUGGAGUUUGAUCCUAACUCCAACCCACCAUGUUACAAGACAACGGAUGAGGAUAUUGUGAUUCAGCAGGACGAUGAGAUCCGCUUAAAGACUGUGGGGACCCGUGUGGACAAGAAUGACAUUUUUGCUAUUGGCUCCCUGAUGGAUGAUUACUUAAGGGCUUGUAAGCUGAGCCUGGUGGCCUCCUAUCCUUGGUCCUGAUCUAGGAAGUGUGACUGUCACUCUUACUGCGUCGUCCAGAGGUCCAGUCUGGCUGCUAUUGUGGAGGCAAGGAAGGCAACUCAUCCCCGGACGGUUCUUCUUUUGGCUUAGCUACUGUUUUCUGAUUUUUCAAUAUGUGUUCUAUGUAAAAAAAGCCCUUGGUUCUCA